AUUGAAUAUUUUUGUAGCGAAUUCUAUAUGACAUAAUAGAAAAAUUUUAGAAUUUUUUCUGGUCGAAUGAAACAAAAAAUCACUUAAAAAUCAAGACGUGUAACACAGGUAAGAAAGUUUGACGUUGGAAAAAUUACUGGGAGGGACGAGGAGCCGGACACGGCGUGAAUGUGGGAAAUUUCCAAGCUGGACAACCAACAGGUUUUUAUAAAGUGUAUAAGGAUGCUCUGGAUUCCUGCGAAAAUUUUAAGCUGAUGAGAAAUGUCACGUUUUAUUCUUUGUAUACGAUUAUAUAUAAGGAUAUUAGGUCAUUGCGCUUUUUCGUUGUUUCUUUUUAAUUUGUGACUUUGAAAAAAUAGAAAACAGAACAAGACGGACCGGAGACGUGAACUUAAAAAAACCCUGUUUGCUUUGCUCCCCUUAAAGAUCAGUUCAAAUUACCAUUGCUGAGCGUAGUUUGCCUAUAAACAGCACGACGAACGAAGUGAAUAUUCUGGCAUCUGUAUAGGUAAAUUCGUCAAACUAGUUUACGUACGUAGAAUUGGACAGCAUAAAAACGGACCACUAUGCUCUAAUUUGCCCAGUCUUUUGACAAAGAGCAUCACCAAUAUUCCCAUUUGCUCUCAAGCUGUGACACUUUAUUCGUGGUUCAAAAAUGCGUUUGAUUGCGCUUUCGUUGUUGGCUGUCGCGGUGUUAGCGUCUUCCACUAAUGGUCAACCAUCAAAAGUGUUCGAUUUUUUAAAUUACUACGGCACCGAAUUAGAAUCGCUUCGACAAAUGAUGACCAUGUCGUUAAUCUUGCCGGCGAGGGAAACUGUGACACAAACGACGACAGUUGUAUCCACCGUAUCGCAAUCAUAUUUCAUUCCAACGCGACAAACAGUCAUGGAAUCUACUACAUCAACAUCCACCAUCACUUGCACCAAAUCUGUCGCCCAAAGGUGUUCUAGCGUUCGUCAAAGGCCGUCGUCUACCUCACGUCCAGCAAGACCAGCAAGGCCAACGAGACCAACGCGUCCAGUACCUGCUACUAAUACGUCAACCGUUGAAACAGUCGGAGAAGAAGAGGCUGUUCACAAUUCCUCUGCCUCUACAAGUAAAAAGAGACCGGAGGAACCAGAAGAACCUGAAAUCGUCCCAUCCAUCCAAGAAAUUCUGGCCAACGAAGAAGUCAACGACAUUUUGGUUGAAGCAGCCAACGAUGAGGAUGAGCAAUUCCCCGCUAUUGCUCCCUCUGCCAUCCAGAGAGUUCAGUCUACAAAUAUGCCCAAACCCCGGGAAGGUCGUGUUGCUAAUCCGGAAGCUGAUCCUCAAUUGUUGGUGGUGUACUCCGGCAACCAACCUCAGGACAUCGAGUCCGGAUUCCUAAGCAGCUCUUAUGAUCCUGUGAUUGCGCCAUUCAGUCGACGAUAUCAAAAACCGUACAUGGCAGCUAACAAGCGAUAUGGUGAUGGGGGCCAGCAGCGUCAGUUUCUGCAGCAGUUUUUCACGAUUACGAGGAAGUCAACGAUAUUUGAAAUUGACAUUUUCACCGUGACCCCAACUUGUUCGGAGCCUGGCCGAAUUCCACAAUGCCCAAGCGGGAAAAAAAGCGAAAAAACAUAAAGAAGAAGAAGAAUUCCGUCACUGUUGAACAGAAAAAAAGGCUUUACUCGUUGAAAUGCGUCACUAACACAAACGUAUGCGAUGCUCGCAUAUUUUACGGCAACAUUUCGUUUAUAAUUUAUUGUAAUCCCUCAAACGAAAUCAAAUUGCGUUUUGUAUAAUAGAUAUUUAGCUCAUGA